AUGGUUAAAAGCACUAGUAUUUACCAAUUUAUUAAAAGUUUAGCCGAGCGCGAGGGAGUAUCAGAAGACCGAAUAAAAGAAAUAAUUAUUGAAUCUUUCCGAAGGUCUUACUGUAAAAAAGAAAGUUCCCGAGCCGAGUUAAAUUUCAAAUUUAAUGAUGGUUUAUCGGUUCACCGUCUCUAUCAGAUAGUUGAGAAAGUUAACGACCCAGAGAAAGAAAUAUCUAAGAAUGAUGAAUUAUUAAAAAAAGGUAAGGUAAAAAACAAUAAACUAUUUGUUCCAUUAGACAUAAAAAAUUUCUCUAACUCUCUCAGUGAUGAAAUCAGAAAACAACUGUUAGGAGACUUAGGAGAAAUUAGCAAGGCGAGGCAAUUUAAACAGUUUAAACCACUUGAAGGUCAGAUAGUAGAAGGAACUAUCCAAAAGGAACAAGAAAACUACUACUUAAUAAAAUUGAAGAAGGGAGGAAUUGGCUAUUUAAAAAAAGAAGAGUUAGCGUUACCAGAAGUUCCAAAAUUAGGACAAAAAUUCCUUUUCUUCCUAAUUAAAGAAGUAAAAGAAAAUGCAGAAAAAAAUAUGCCACAGAUUAUUUUAACUCGCCAUGAUAAUUUAUUUAUUCAUAGGUUAUUAGAGCAAGAAAUUCCACAAGUAAAAGAAGGUAUUAUUACCGUUCAACAUAUUUUAAGAAUACCUGGACUGGUGAGUAAAAUAGUAGUCGAAAAGAGCAAGAAAGCAAUCGAAAAAGGAUUGAACAUUAACCCUUUCGGAGCUUGUAUUGGAGAGAAAGGCAAACGAGUUCACAAUCUUCUUUCACCAGCCAAAGUAGUUGAAAUAAUUGAAAAAGGAGAUGGUUGGUAUGUUACUGUCCUUGGAGAAAAGACCUCUCUAGUUUUAGAGCACCAUGGAAAAUUACUGGAAAAAAUCGCGGAUUAUUUAGGGAAGAAAAUUCAUGUUCGAGGUCUAGAGGAAAUUAGAAAGGAGAAGAGCACCAUAAUAGUUUGGAACGGAAAAUUAGAUGAUAAAGAAAUUGAAAUGCUCUGCAAAAGAAUAAAUAAUUAG